AUGUCGACGUCUUAUUCGAUAGAUUCUUCGAAAUCGUUCAUGAUUGCUAUGCAAUCGAUGAUUGAUACAGUGGAUAAAUUAAAUAUAAAACCAGGAACAUAUACACCUGAUAUUGACAAUGAGGUCAAAAAGACUGGUAGAGAGAAAAAUGAAGGGACAAAAUUAGCUGUAUUAGCACAAGAUCGUAAUAAAUGGGAUGAUAUAUAUGACCAAUUCAACGAUGUUUCCUUCGAGAAUCUUCAAAAAGUAAUAAAGAGUUAUAAAUCAAGUAAUAGUAAUAAUAACCUUUAUAAGGAAUUUGGGAAACUGGUUGAUCUUGCUCAUAGUUUACUACCAAGAGACGUUUUUACUGAAUCUCUAUUACAAAUUGUGUACAACAACGAUUCCAAUGCAUUAGAAAAGGAAUUAAUGGAUUUCCUUGGCGCAUCGAAUAUCGAACUGAUUUCUUUUCUAAUCCAGAAUCAAUCCACCAUUAAGUCAAUUCCCCUUGAAGAGACAAUGUUCAUGAUUCAAGAUGUUGCAAAUCCAAAUAAGAGACUUACUCAAGAAGGGAUUAGGAACCAAGUUCUUGAAAAUGCAGCAAGAGCUAAGAAUCCCAAGUUAGAUGCCGCUCAGAAGAUAAUAAAAUAUGCACACGUCUACAGAAAGUACGAAUCUAAUACUUCUUCUGCACUCUCAAUUGGUGGCCAAAAAUUUGCAUUACCUGUUGGUACUACAAGGAUGACAUACCAAACUCAUGAGGAAAUUAUUAUACCUGCACCAAAUCCAGAGAAGAAUAAGAGUUUCUUGUACACAAAACUUUUGAAAAUAAAAGAUUUGGAUUUUUUAUGUCGUUCUGUUUUUAAAUAUGAGACAUUAAAUCAAAUUCAAACCCUUGUAUAUCCUGUGGCAUAUUCCACUAAUGAAAACAUGUUAAUAUGUGCUCCAACUGGUGCUGGUAAGACAGAUAUCGCCCUUUUGACAAUCCUGAAUGCUAUUAAACAAUAUUCGACUACCACAGGAGAGGGAGAACUUGAUAUUCAAUAUGACGAUUUUAAAGUUAUUUAUGUCGCUCCAUUAAAGGCUUUAGCUGCCGAAAUUGUGUCUAAAUUUAGCCAGAAAUUAUCUAUAUUUGAUAUUAAAGUUCGAGAAUUAACUGGUGAUAUGCAGAUGACGAAGGCGGAGGUUCUUGAAACUCAAGUCAUUGUUACUACCCCGGAAAAGUGGGAUGUAGUUACGCGUAAAACUAACGGUGAUAAUGAUUUGGUCUCUAAGGUCAAACUUCUCAUUAUUGAUGAAGUCCAUUUACUGCAUGAGGAUAGAGGUUCUGUCAUUGAAACACUGGUGGCACGUACAUUAAGACAAGUUGAAAGUUCACAGUCUAUGAUUCGUAUUUUAGGUUUAUCUGCAACUCUACCUAAUUUUAUGGAUGUUGCCGAUUUCUUAGGGGUCAACAGACAAAUUGGUAUGUUCUAUUUCGACCAAUGUUUCCGUCCAAAACCUUUGGAGCAACAGUUACUUGGUUGCAGAGGUAAAGCAGGUACUAUGCAAAGUAAGAAGAACAUUGACGAAGUUUCAUAUGAAAAGCUUUUGGAAAUGGUUAAGAUGGGUUACCAGGUGAUGGUAUUUGUGCAUUCAAGAAAAGACACAGUUAAAAGUUCAAGGACAUUUAUAAAAAUGGCCCAAGAAAAUCACGAAAUUGAAUAUUUUGAGCCAGAUCUAGCUGUGAAAGAUAUGUAUUCCAGACAAGUCGCCAAAAACAGAGAUCGUGAUUUAAAGGAAAUAUUCCAAUUUGGUUUUGGUGUGCAUCAUGCCGGUAUGUCCCGUUCCGACAGAAAUCUUACCGAAAAACUAUUCAAGGAAGGUGCUACAAAGGUACUAUGUUGUACAGCUACGUUGGCUUGGGGUGUUAAUUUACCUGCAGAUUGUGUUAUUAUUAAGGGAACUCAGGUUUAUGAUUCUAAAAAGGGUGGUUUUAUUGACCUCGGUAUUUCCGAUGUCAUCCAAAUCUUCGGUCGUGCUGGUAGACCAGGGUUUGGUUCAGCCAAUGGUACUGGUAUUCUCUGUACCUCGAAUGACAAAUUAGAUCAUUAUGUUUCAUUAAUCACCCAACAACAUCCUAUUGAAUCUAGGUUUGGGGCAAAACUAGUUGACAACUUGAACGCAGAAAUAUCGCUUGGUACAGUUACGAAUGUGGAAGAAGCCAUUGAAUGGUUGGGCUAUACCUACAUUUAUGUCAGGAUGAAGAAAAAUCCAUUCACAUACGGUAUUGAUUGGGAUGAAAUAGCUUCUGAUCCACAAUUAUACGAUAGAAGAAAGAAUAUGAUUAUUACAGCAGCUAGAAGACUACAUGCUCUUCAGAUGAUCGUUUUCGAUGAGAUAUCGGCACAUUUUAUUCCUAAAGACUUGGGUAGAGUGUCUUCGGACUUCUAUUUACUGAAUGAUUCUGUAGAAAUUUUCAACCAAAUGUGCGAUCCUCGUGCAACAGAAGCUGACGUCUUAUCUAUGAUUAGUAUGAGUAGCGAGUUUGAUGGUAUUAAAUUUAGAGAAGAAGAAUCUUCCGAAUUAAAGAGGCUAUCUGAAAGUUCUGUGGAAUGUCAAAUAGGAAGCCCAUUAGAUACCUCCCAGGGUAAAACAAACGUUUUAUUGCAAGCAUAUAUUUCACAGAGUCGGAUUAACGAUUCCGCACUGUCAUCGGAUUCCAAUUAUGUGGCUCAAAAUUCUGUAAGAAUCUGUAGAGCAUUAUUCCUGAUUGGUAUUAACAGAAGAUGGGGUAAUUUUGCUAAAGUAAUGCUUGAUAUCUGUAAAUCGAUUGAUAAGCGAGUCUGGGCAUUUGAUAAUCCGCUUUGCCAAUUUGACUUACCAGAUAAUAUUAUGCGCCAAAUUAGAGAAAAGAAUCCAUCAAUUGAAUACCUUCUAGAUUUAGAACCUCAGGAAUUAGGAGAAUUGGUACAUAAUUCCAAAAUGGGUGGGAGACUCUAUAGCAUACUAAGCCGUUUCCCUAAAAUUAAUAUUGAAUCAGAUAUAUUCCCAAUCACCUCCAGCGUUAUGAGGAUUCAUAUUACUCUAACACCAGUUUUCAAAUGGGAUACAUACAUUCAUGGUAAUGCCCAGUUUUUCUGGGUUAUUGUUGAAGAAUCUGAUAAAUCGCAAAUAUUGCAUUUCGAGAAGUAUAUUCUAAACAAGAGACAAUUAGAUAAUCCACAUGAGAUGGAUUUUAUGAUUCCAUUAUCGGAUCCUUUACCACCACAAGUAGUUGUUAAAGUUGUAUCAGACACGUGGAUUGGAUGUGAAUCUGUCAAUGCUAUUACAUUCCAACAUUUGAUAAGACCUUUCAAUGAAACACUGCAAACAAGACUAGAAAGAUUAAGACCACUACCUACUAAGGCGCUCCAAAACUCUCUUGUCGAGUCGAUCUACCCAUUCAAAUAUUUUAACCCAAUGCAAACUAUGACAUUUCAUACUCUAUAUAAUACGAACGAGAAUGUCUUUGUUGGUUCACCGACCGGUUCAGGUAAAACCGUUGUUGCAGAAUUGGCAAUGUGGCACGCAUUUAGAGACUUCCCCGGUUCAAAGAUUGUAUAUAUUGCACCAAUGAAGGCACUGGUCCGUGAGAGGGUUGAUGAUUGGAGGAAACGUGUUACUCCAAUAACUGGUGAUAAAGUGGUCGAAUUGACAGGUGAUUCCCUUCCAGACCCUCGUGAUGUUCGUGAUGCUACUAUUGUAAUUACGACCCCUGAAAAGUUUGAUGGUAUUUCUCGUAAUUGGCAAACACGUAAGUUUGUACAAGAUGUUUCUUUAGUUAUCAUGGAUGAAAUCCAUCUGUUGGCCAGUGACCGUGGUCCAAUUUUAGAAAUGAUUGUAAGUCGUAUGAAUUAUAUUUCCUCCCAAACUAAGUCUCCUGUUCGUUUAUUGGGUAUGUCCACAGCUGUUUCGAAUGCAUAUGAUAUGGCUAGUUGGUUAGGAGUCAAGAAUAAUGGUUUAUUUAAUUUCCCUUCAAGUGUUCGUCCUGUCCCAUUAAAAAUGUACAUUGAUGGUUUCCCUGACAACCUAGCUUUCUGUCCAUUGAUGAAGACCAUGAAUAAGCCUGCCUUUAUGGCAAUCAAGCAACAUUCUCCUAAUAAGCCUGCACUGAUUUUUGUUGCGUCACGUAGACAAACGAGAUUGACCGCUUUAGAUCUAAUUCAUUUAUGUGGUAUGGAAGAUAACCCAAGAAGAUUCUUAAAAAUAGAUGAUGAAGACGAGUUGCAAUAUUAUAUAUCCCAGGUAACAGACGAUACAUUAAAGCUUGCGCUACAAUUUGGUAUCGGUUUACAUCAUGCUGGUUUGGUUGAAAAAGAUCGUUCCAUAUCUCACAAGCUAUUUCAAAUGAAUAAAAUUCAAAUUUUAAUUGCUACUUCUACUUUGGCAUGGGGUGUUAAUUUACCAGCACAUUUAGUCAUUAUUAAGGGUACCCAAUUCUUUGAUGCUAAAAUUGAAGGUUAUCGUGAUAUGGACCUUACUGAUAUUUUACAAAUGAUGGGUAGAGCUGGUAGACCAGCCUAUGAUACAUCUGGUACUGCUAUUGUGUAUACUAAGGAUUCUAAGAAAAUGUUUUAUAAGCAUUUCUUAAAUGUUGGUUUUCCUGUUGAAUCUUCUCUACACAAAGUAUUAGAUGAUCAUUUGGGUGCUGAAAUUAGUUCUGGUACAAUCAAAAAUAAACAGGAUGCAUUGGAAUUCUUAAAUUGGACUUUCCUUUUCCGUAGAGUGCAUCAUAACCCAACUUAUUAUGGUAUUGAAGAUGAUACUAGUGAGGCUGGUGUUACAAAACACUUGAGUGAAUUGGUUGAUUCCACGAUGAAUAACUUAGCAGAAUCUAAAUGUGUUGCCUUACAUGGUACAGAUAUCCAAGCAACACCAUUCUUAGGCAUAUCCUCUUACUACUAUCUUUCUCAUUUAACCGUCCGUCAAUUAUUGAAGCAGAUACAUAAUAAUGCUACAUUUAAUGAAGUUUUGAAAUGGUUAUCACUGUCUUUUGAAUAUAAUGAACUUCCUGUUAGAGGAGGUGAAAUUAUUAUGAAUGUCGAAAUGUCUGCAAGACUAAGAUACUCUGUAGAGAGUACAUUUAAUGGUGAAUAUGAAUUACCUAUGUGGGAUCCUCAUGUGAAAGCGUUCCUACUGUUACAAGCACAUAUGAGCCGUGUUGAUUUGCCUAUUGCUGAUUAUAUUCAGGAUACAGUUUCUGUCUUAGACCAAUCUUUACGUAUUUUGCAGGCUUUUAUUGACGUUGCUAGUGAACUGGGUUAUUACCAAACUGUCCUAACUAUGAUUAAAGUCAUGCAAUGUAUUAAACAAGGUUAUUGGUAUGAAGAUGAUCCAAUUGGUCUACUUCCUGGUAUUGAUAUCAAACGUAGAACGGAUAUAAUCUUUGGUGAAGGCGGACACCCAACCGAAAGUACUAAGGGAAAUGAUAAAUUGAUCACCCUCGAGAAACUAGGUCAUUAUGGUGUCAAGAAAUUGCAACCUAUUAUGGACCGUUUCAGUAUCCCUGCUGAAGAUAGAGGUAAGUUCAUUCACAUUUGUCAAAGGAUUCCAGUAUUAGAUGAGAUUCAUUUUGAGGAACAAAAGGGUGCUGAUCGGUUGACUCUUUACAGUAAACAUGUAUACGCUAAAAGCAAUAAGAAUUUUGAAAUAUACUGUGAUAAAUUCCCAAAAACUCAAAAGGAAGUAUGGUUCUGUAUAGCCUAUCAAGGCGAGGAAUUAUUAAUGGUUAAAAGAUGUCAACCAAGGCAAGUCGGUAAAACUGUUGUAGUCGGAUGUGACUUAAUUAUCCCAGAAGAAAUCCAAGGUGAAAAAAUGGACUUUAUGUUGAUCAAUGACGCAAUGGAUUUAAAAUAUCAAUUAAGUCAUCAACUUAUAUAA